GUUAUGACAAACCUGGCAGAGAGAGGUCCUUCAGAGGGAAAUAUCAAGUUCCAGAUAUGAACAGUGAUUCAGAAGAAGGCGUUCUUGUGGAUGACUGGCUGACAUCCAAACAAGGUCUCUUGGAUACAUCAGAUGAAGAGCUGAACGAUGACCUUUUGCGUAGCGAUGAUGAGAACGAAACUAUGAGAUGUCAGGAUGAAAGUGUUUCUAAACCAAAAGUGCAGGCGAUUGCAAAGCCUUACCUCGUGUGUGAAACUCCACACCUUGCUGAAGACCAAACCAUAUGUCCUAAAGAAGAGCAGACAGAGGUGGACCCUGGUGAAGUUUUAGACAUCGAAAUCAAUGCUCCUUCUGGAGAUGAAUUUCAAGUUGGAUCUGACUUGCGAGAGGGUCUCUCUCCUCAACCCUCUGGGCAUCAUCUUAAACACUCCUGCAAGGGACAGCCUGCCCCAGAGGAGACACUCACCAGACCCUGUCGCCGUCCUGAGCCAGUGUUCCCAGGACAGCAUAUGUUUGAUCAACAACACUCUGCUUCAGUCUUGGACACUAAUCCGCUCCUCGCUGGACCUGCUCCCAUGGGCUCCAUUCAUCCUCCAGGAUAUGAGAGUGACCCCUGGAGGCCCAGUCCAGCUUUGCAGGGUCUCACGGAUCUGUCAAAGUCUGGGUCUCCCCACCGUGGCCACUACUCUCUCCCGAAAAAUCCAUCUGCUCUGUCUGGCUGUCCCUUUUCUGUUCCCUCUGGACCACAAGCACAGAAACCUGCUGUGCUGGUAAGAGCUGUUGCCAGGAUGGUGCAGAGUGCCAAGCCAAUGGCUGUUGCCAGGGGGAUGCCCAUUGCUGCAAGGCAGCCAGCAAGUGCCAAGUCUAAGAUAUCUGCCAAAACUCCGCCAGCACCAGGGAUGGUGGGAAGAAAUGUGGGUCAGAAGGUCAAGGUGAAGCCCCAAACUCCUCCAGCUACUCAAAAACAUCCCGCAAAGCUGCUAAACAUGACAAACAACAAAGAGCAUGAUGAGGUGUCCUACAGGCAGAGGCUGAAGAAGCAGAUGCGACUGAGGGAGCAGGUUAUCAAACAUAAGGAAUGGAUGCGAUCUAUGCGGGCCAUAAACGAGAAGCAUCUGCUUCUGGAGCGCUUCCAAACUGAUAGUUCCACUGGACACUGGAACAACAACCAAAAUCAACAGAAACAGCCGUGCAUCCUGAAUUUUUGCCCUCAAAAGGUUUCGCACCAGCAGCCCUUCCAUAAUCCCCCUCGCUGUCUCGUUCCGGAGCGCCAACCGGAAUUCCAGUCUCUGCCUCCACAGCAGCACCAGUACCAGCUUUUAGCACCCGCACUUCAGCCGCCAUGGCAACGAGCUCCACCGGCUCGAGGGAAUCCAUCAGGCCGUGCAGCAGAGAUGCAGCAUAAUCAGCCUCAUCAGCGGGGCACAGACAGGGUGAUGUUACAGGGGAUGGAGCAAAUCCCAAAUCAGAUGAACCAACAGUACAGUAAUGACGAGGCCCAUGCAGCAGAUCCGCAGGUAGUUCGGCAAGGAGGCAAGAGGAUAUUGGAGCAGAGAACUUCUGAGGGGCCUGGUCCCACCAAAAUUACAGUGGUCAAUCACUUCAGCCCAGGUAUGAGUGAAGAGACUAAAGCGGUGACCGAAACAAAGGGCAGAAUUGUCACCUUCAGUAUGCCUGAUUCAUCUCCACCUUCAGUUCUGCAAUACGGGCUUAAGCUAAACCAUCCCAAUGAGAAGAGAGGAUCUGGCCCUAACCAGCCCCAUGACAAGGUGGCUGUCAGGGGAAACGAACGCAGUGCUUUCAUACCCUUAAGUUCCGGUGUGAGAACAGAGCCUGUUACUGAUCAAACCUGUGUCAACUUCAUAGUAAGACUGAACCGCUGAAUCUCUCGGAGACCAACCCUAUCCAACAUGCUGAGUAGAAUAUUUUCAGUGUUCUCCCAGUUUUGGCAACAUUUUUGUUAGGAUGUGAUAUUUGCCUUUUUUGUGAUUGUUGAAGACAGUGGUUUGACAGUUGUUUACAUUUUGCUCCUUGGUUUUCAUUAAAAACAAACACUACUUGCAUGGUCCUGGAUGGCUGU